AUGGAUAUUUUGGCAAAGGUCACAAAAGGAAAGCGAACGGUAGUUGAUCUGGCGGCGUUACGGCAACUACUAGAGAGUGAGACCGGCGGCACAACUUGUCCGAGUUGUAACAUGCCCUUUGAUAAGGGCAAAAAGAGAAAGCUGAUUGACACGUGCGGACAUGAACGGUGCUACGCUUGCAUGUUUAGAAACGAAGCGUGCCCCAUCUGCGCUCGGAAGAGCCAAGGAAGAAAAACCAUGGAGAGGUAUACUCCUUCGCCGCAACGGUCGGAGCCUGAGUGGCAAUCGCCAAUGCGCUUACCGAAACCACCGAAGGCAGCCAACCUCGCCCAAAGCUGCCCCACACCGCCACACACCAGGAGAAGAUUCUUCCUAAGUCCUAAAUCAUUGCGCAGUCCAUUUGGACACCGCGCUAGCCGACAUUCUAAUGAAAAUCACGUACCAUUAUCAGGAUUACCAGAAGAAGGUCCAAGAAGCGCCGCAUGGACAAGUCUAGUGUUCAAUAAAAUAAGAUCAUUGUGGUCCGCAAACUCAUCCGUGCCUCAGGGACUCAAUCAAUUGACAGGCACGAUAAUUAUUAUGUCUGAGGAAUGUCGAUCAAAUGAUAAGCAUGAUUCACUUGCUAUAAGACAAAACUUGACCCCGAUAUUUAAAUGA